GUGAUCACUGUAAGUUUGCAGACUGCUUUUGGAGCGGCCGAUUUUCUCAGGAAUAGUGGAAGGUCAAAGAGUUGGAAGACAAAGUGGGGUAUAAUCCAAAUCCAGAAAAGCCUAAUAUCCCUCCUGACAUCCCGGGGAGAAAGGUUGGAAAGGGGACUCAGAAAGGAGCGUAGUCUGCUCCACCUGCUCCUGCUUUGGUCCUGGGCCAUUGAGUCAGCCGGCCCCCGGAGCCUACUGAGAACGUCCUUCGCAGCUGGCGCCUCAGAGACAGUCCCAGGGCCCAGCGCUGCCGCUGCCGCUCCUGCCUGGUCCAGCUGUGAUUCCCCCUUUCUCACCCCGCGGCGCAGCGCGAUCACAGCUGCAGCAGGUGGGCCCCCCCCCCCCCCAUAUCUCCCCCUCCCCAGCCCAGCCCGAUGACUGACGGUGGCUGAGGAGGCGGGACCCGAGCCCGGGGCGGAGCCGGGAGGAGAACUGGCCAGGCGCAGGGGGGAGGUGGAGGAGGAGAAAAAGGAGGAGGAGAAAGAGAGAGAGAGAGAGAGAGAAGCAGAAGGGGAAGACUGGCUCCUGCACAGACUGAGCGAGCUCUGCUGUCUAAGCAAGGAGUACAGGCUCCGAGGCUCGCCCAAGCGAGCGGGCGCCUCGGAGGGUCAGCGGCGGAGGUUGGGCAAGCGGCAGCAGGAGAGGCAGGGGCGCAGACAAAGGCGCCGCCGCCGCCGCCGCCGCCGGCGGCUCGCUGGCUCUCCUGCGGGAGCGAACCUGAGCAGCGAUCGGGGGCUCUCUGGCAGCCUGCUGAAUCUUCUCGGCUCUUGUCAAGCAACGGGAAUGGUGUUUUUCAUGUUGAAAUAUGUUCAGAGAAAAAAGCCCUAAUCGUUACCAAAUACAUUAUCUCUUAAAUUUAAUCUCCAGCAAGGAGAAGAGCUGUGAAACAGGCAACAGAGUUAGCCAGACUGCCUGCUCUAUACCAGAAACCCCACUAGUGAGCAGUGUUUGAACCUGCUCAACGGAUCAAAUAACAUUUGGGCUGAUUAACAAAAGACAUGCAAGUGGGAAGGUGUCAGAAGUCAGAGUGUGGAAAUUUACCCAGGGUUGCUACUCUGGGGAAGCUCAGUCUGAAAGAUGCUGCAGUUAGGAGAGUCUUGGAUCUAAUUGGAUAUGGAACUGGGAACCAGGCAGAGAACAGUAAGUAUGAAGAGGUGAGAGAGGGAGCUGCCCAAAGUGCCCCCAUCUGAAGCUGAAUGUUGCAGGACCUGCCCAGCAUUUGGUCUAUGACUUCAAGUGUGAACUACAGCCUGGGCUUUCUGCAGCAUUUCCCCCAAAGCCAUUCUGCCAGCUUUGAGUUUGGACACUUGGGUGGAAGCCCCAAAGAUUGGAUGUGCCAGUCAAUUCCUUGAAUUUUGGGGGCAUGGCAAGAAGCUGCUGAGUAGAUGGUGACUGAGUUAUCACUAAACUUUUGAAAACCUAAAGUGUCACCAAAACAGUUCCUAAAUUGCAGAGCAGAGGACUCUCUUCUGGACUCUUAAUUUGUAAUUUUUAAAGGAUUUGAAAGGAAACUCUUACUUCAGAGACCAGAAUUAAAGAGAUCCCAACUAAAUGAUGGUAAGCUUUAUGAAUGGAUGCUCAUCAUUAAAAAUACAUUGGUACUCUCUGCUUAGAUGCUCUGUUUCAAAGGAUUUUGAACCACUUGGACACAAAGAGGGCUGAGAGUGAGGAAAAGUCUUCUCCUUGACCCUAUUUGAGACCACCUUCCCUGGCACAUAUAUCCCUAUUGAAUCUGGGCAUUGGGUCAGCAAGUCAGCCAGACAGAACCUCCCUCCAGGUGCUUGACUUGCUGGGAUGAGCAGUGUUAGGAGAGAAGCUGACUUCUUCUUCCAUCCUCUCACGCAAGUAGCCCCACAGUGCUGAGCUGAGGAUGGCUGAGAAGGGUGACUGCAUUGCCAACAUGUAUGGCUAUGACCUCGGUGGGCGCUUUGUUGACUUCCGACCCCUGGGAUUUGGCGUCAAUGGCUUAGUGCUUUCGGCCACCGACAGCCAAACCUGCCGAAAGGUGGCAGUGAAAAAGAUUGCCAUGAGCGAUGCUCAGAGCAUGAAACAUGCUUUACGGGAAAUUAAGAUCAUCCGCCGCCUGGACCACGACAACAUCGUGAAGGUGUACGAGGUCCUGGGACCCAAGGGGGCUGACCUUCAGGGGGAGCUUUUUAAGUUCAAUAUGGCCUACAUUGUCCAGGAAUACAUGGAGACAGACUUAGCUCGCCUGCUGGAGCAGGGCACACUGACCGAGGAACAUGCCAAAUUGUUCAUGUACCAGCUGCUUCGUGGGCUCAAGUACAUCCACUCUGCCAAUGUGUUACACAGGGACCUGAAACCAGCCAACAUCUUCAUCAGCACCGAAGACCUCGUGCUGAAGAUCGGGGACUUUGGACUGGCGAGGAUUGUGGAUCAGCAUUAUUCGCACAAGGGUUAUCUUUCAGAAGGGCUGGUCACAAAAUGGUAUCGAUCUCCACGCUUGCUUCUCUCUCCCAACAACUAUACCAAGGCCAUAGAUAUGUGGGCAGCUGGCUGCAUCUUGGCUGAAAUGCUCACAGGGAAGAUGCUGUUUGCUGGGAGUCACGAGUUGGAACAGAUGCAGCUUAUCCUGGAGACAAUUCCUGUAAUCCGGGAAGAAGAUAAAGAUGAGCUGCUCAGAGUGAUGCCCUCCUUCAUCAAUAGCACCUGGGAAGUGAAAAAACCACUGAGAAACCUGCUCCCAGAAGUCAACAGUGAAGCUAUUGACUUUCUGGAGAAGAUCCUGACCUUCAACCCCAUGGACCGAUUAACAGCAGAGAUGGGCCUACAGCACCCUUACAUGAGCCCCUACUCAUGCCCAGAGGAUGAGCCUACCUCCCAGCAGCCCUUCCGAAUUGAGGAUGAGAUUGAUGACAUCUUACUGAUGGCAGCCAAUCAAAGCCAGCUCUCCACCUGGGACAGGUAUCAAGUCAGCCUGUCCUCUGAUCUGGAGUGGAGGCAGGACAGGUACCUAGACACCAGUGAGGUACAGCGGGACCCCCGUGCCGGCUCAGAAUCCAUAGUGGAAGAGGUCCAGGUGGACCCACGAAAAUACUCCCAGAGUAGCUCUGAACGAUUUCUGGAGCAGUCUCACUCGUCCAUGGACCGGGUGUUUGACUCUGACUGUGGGCGGUCCUGUGACUACAAGGUGGGAUCACCGUCCUAUCUGGAUAAGUUACUGUGGAGGGACAACAAGCCCCAUCACUACUCAGAACCCAAGCUUAUCUUAGACUUGUCCCAUUGGAAGAAGACAGCCAUGGCGCCAGCUACUGAGCUCCCUCUGGAAGAGGAGCCAUCCAACCUCUUCCUGGAGAUUGCGCAAUGGGUGAAGAGUACCCAGAGCGGCCUUGAGUGCCCCAGCCCACUCCCUGAGAUCCAGGAACGGAGCCUGCCCGCCUCACCCCAGCACCGCAAGGACCCCAAGGAGGGGAACAAUGGGGCCGACCCCCAGUUUGACUUGGAUGUUUUUAUUUCCAGGGCCUUGAAACUCUGCACCAAGCCAGAGGACCUGCCAGACAACAAACUCAGCGAGAUCAAUGGGGCGUGUAUCUCAGAGCACCCCAGUGACAUCGUGCAGACUGAACCCUAUCCAAAGGAGAGAUGGUGAAGCUGAGGGGCUUGCCAUUCAUGAACGUUGCUCUUCAGCUGGCAGGGCCACAGCCCCGUGGCAUUAGAGACCCAGGCCAAAGGGGGGAAAUGGGCCGCCCUGGUUCCUGGAGUGUCAUUCCUUUGCGACAGAGGGUGGGUAGCAUACCCCAUACUUUUUAAUCAAAGACAAACAGCCUACAGCCUCCUUUCUGAUGCCUUAGGGUUCACAGAACCCUUAAGGGAAUCAGAAAACACAAAUGAAACAUUCAGUCUAUUAAACUGCCUUAAUGAUUGCGCCUUUUAACCUCUGGAAUCUGUUUUGAAUAUAAGUCUAGGGUAAUAAGCUUUUUGUACAGAACACUGGGAUAGUCAAUUUAUCAACAAAUUCUUGGGGGUGAAGGCUUUGGGAGAAGGAAGAUAGGAAGGGGGAAAGAGAAGGGCUUUUGUAGCCAUGGGAAGAAGGAAGCUUCCCAAAGAGGAGCAGCCCCUGCCUGGUUCAUAAAGAAUGCAAUCCACAAACUCAGAAUAUCAGAGCCCAAAGGAACAUUUGGGAAAAAAUCUAGUCCAAUGCCUACUUUUGACAGAUAAGGUAACUGAGGUCCAGAAAUAAAAGGUCAUUUCCCAAGGGUCAUAGAGUAAGUUAGUUACUGGCAGAGCAGUAGUAGAAAUCAGUCUUCCUGACUCGCAGACUUGCUCUUCAUGCCAUCUCCUUUGCCAUGGAAAUGCUUUCUCUUCAAAAAUAAUGGAAACUAAAGUCCAAGGGAUUGCUUCCUCCAUCAAUUAGAAAUUGGAGGUCUUUCCUUAAUAAGUAAGAACAGUCAUAUUCUACAGUUCUUCUAAAAUACAAAUGUUUUCAUUUGUCAUCUUGGGGCCAGAUACUGGAGCCUCCUAGGCUUUAGACCUAGACAACCUGGAGGUCAUUGGGUUAAAAAAAAUAUAUAAAAAUCUGACCUCCAUUUCCUUUCAAGGACAAAAGGCUCAUUUAAUGAUGAGAUAGUCCACAAGUCAGGGAACCAGGCAGAAACCACUGAGUUAUAUCUGAGUGGUUAUUGAACCUAAAGUACAGUCAUUGAAGGAUCUUUCUAAGGCCAGAUUCUGCAAUCUUUACACACACACAUACACACACACACACACACACACACACAUACACAGCCCUAUGCAUAAGCAGAAAAGGCAGACAACUAUGGGGUGUGACAUGAGCAAUAAGAUGUGUCAAAAGCCUCUUGCCUCACUGCUAAGUGGCCCUCUCUCUCUGGCCCAUAGUGGGCCUGAUACUCCACUGCAAUAGUUAUUUCUUUGGUCUAAAGACCUCCUUUUAAAAUGCAAACUUGUUACCAAGAAAGGUGACAUGUAAGCCAUUAAAAUCCAUUAACACCUCAGCCUGAAUUAGUGCACAGGACUAGCCAAGCACAGGACAAGACCCUGAAGGGAGAAGGAUGCAGGACGAGUACCUCUUCUGAUAGCUGGUCAGGAGAGGCAGGAAGUCUGGGGGCACUGCCUGGGAGGGACAACACCAUUGGGACCCUGGGCAUCCAGUGCACACUGGUAUAGCAGUGCCCAAAGAGACGACUGUCAUCCUUUACAAUUGUGCUUGGGUAUCUGCGUACCAGAUACCUCCUACCUAUAUGUGUGUGAGAGAAAGCACACACACAUACCCACUCACCCUAAUGGUGUGUGGCUUUGUGUAAGAUCUCAUGAGCCUAUAGAGGUACAGGUCCUUGCCUAGCCCUCAACCUGCCCGCAUCCAUAGACUAUAGUGGCAGUCCUUUGUUCAUUCAGCUGGCAGUGGCAAUCCAACCUCUUCCCCAGUAAAAGCUUUCAGGGGAAAACUAGAAAACAUAUAAACAGAUGAUUAAACCCUAGGAUUUGAAAGUAGCCUUGGGGUUCACUUAUACCUCUGAGCACCUUAAAUAUUAACCCGCUAAUGAUCAUUUGUACAUGGAAACAAACAAUACAAUAUAGGCUUAUAUUUUAAAAAAAUUGAUUUAUUCAAGCUGACCAAAAGUUUUUUAAUGGAGAAUGUGUAAAUAGAAACUGUUCAAGAAAAGAAUCUCUGUCCAUCCCCUCUUUGCCAUCUUGUCCUGUGUGGGGGAGAAAGGUCUAGGGGAAAUCACUUUUUUUUGGUAAAGGAAAAAACUGCUGCUCUUGACCCUGCGGUUCAUAUAUCACUGUUGUACCAGAAUAAUUGUUAUGACUACCCAUGUAAAAAAAUUUAUUAAAUGUUAUUAAACAUGACAAAGAGAUGUGUUUGCCAACAAUCUAAACCGUAAUUAGAACUCACAAGCCUUGGUCCCUGCCCCACCAGUGAUGACAAUCACAAAUAGAGAUAAAUUUCCCACAGAUAUCUGUAGCCAGGAAGAUGAUAGCAAAAUCAGUUCAAUUUUCCUGAAUUUUCAUACUCAAGCAAGGACUGCCUGCAGGAACUGUCAAAUCUAUAACUAGACAUUUUUAUUCCUGGGACAAGUGGCAUGAAACAUACUUAUUUUGGGGGCAAAGCAGUAUUGGCAAAAGCUUCGAGAGCAUUGCUAGACUGAAUGAGACUCCCAGGAAUGAGGCCAUCAGUGUAUUAUAGGUAGUUGGAAAAAGAGAACACAUUUGGGAUCCAAAGACCAGCGGCAAAAAAUAGUCAUCUAUAGCUUCCCAUUUUAAUGAAUUAUUCUUGCUAGCCAGUUGUCUCUACGCUAUUGAUCAUCUGAGAGCUUCCUCUAAAUUCAUUAUCCUACAGCAAAGUUGCAGUCUUCUGGCCCAAAUUUCAGCUCUGGAAACUGUUACCAGCAUUUAGUGCAGAGAGAGAUCUUGCCCGGCUGAGCUGUUGAUCAAGCAUCAGACCCACAAGAGAUCAUUUUAACCUGCCUGAUACCAACUUAACUUUUGGGUAUUAUGCCAAUCCUAGAGGAUCCUGGAUAUAUUAUUUCCUUUUACUUGUAGUGUGGUAACUUAACACAAGGAAGAAAUCUUGGGCAACCCCCUGAGUAUGUAAAAGACUUCCUUCUCCACUCAAGUUAAGAAUGUGAAUCCUCAGAUUUCUGCUUCUUUUUCACCAGAAAAUUAAUUGGAGGAAAAGUGGGAAAAAGACUUCCACUUACACCUCAGGCUUCCCCCAAUAGGGUAAUGACCCAGCAAUAUUGCAACCCUUACUUAAGGCAUUCUUCUACUCCCAAGCUUCGUGUCCAGGGGGGUCCCAUAGGAAAUACCCAUAUAUAUAUAUAUAUAUAGAUAUAUAUAGAGAGAUAAACAUAU